AUGUCUGUCACUUUACAUACCACCCAAGGCGACCUGAAGGUCGAACUUUUCUGCGAAGCAGUGCCUCAAACUGCGGAGAACUUCCUUGCCCUCUGCGCAUGCGGCGCAUAUAACAACACCCCAUUCCACCGCCUUAUUCCGGGGUUCAUGAUCCAGGGCGGAGACAUCUCUCUCGGACCCGCCGCCCAGCAAACAUCCACGAAGCCAAUGCUCAACUUCGAGAUCCCCAAAGGCGGCACAUCGAUCUACCACCCAUCAGCUAUGAACCAAGAGAUCCACCUUCCAUCGCUGCGGCAUAAUGCGCGAGGCAUUUUGUCCAUGGCAUCUCGCCCGGUGAAGGACAGAUCAGCACCGGGAUCGCAGGGCGCAACAGGAGCGACAAUUAACGGAAGUCAAUUCUUCAUUUCGUUUGUGCCAGCGCCACAUCUUGAUGGUGCCAGUACUGUGUUUGGGAAAGUGUUGAAUUUGACUGCCCAGGAUGAGGGCGGUGAUGUCCUUACCAAGCUGGAGAAGGCGAAUGUCAAGGUCGACAAGAAGGGAAAGGUUUCUCAGCCUAAGGAGGGUGAUGAUUUUGAACAAUUCAAAAUCAAUCAUGUUACCAUCCACGCCAAUCCGUUCGCCAAGUGA